AUGAAUAGAUUAAUGUUAAAUUCAACUUUAAAGUUGAAAUCAAUAUUAAAAAAUGCAAAUACUAUAACUAAUAAAUCAUCGUCAUCAUCAUCGUUGUCGUCUGCAACAUCAACAUCAUCGUCAUUGUCAACUGCAAACAAAAACAGUAGCAAUGAAUUAAGUAAUAAAGUUGGAUACUUUACAUCAUCAUUAUCAAAUUUAAAUCUAAAUAGUAUUGCUCGUUCAUCAUUGUCGUCAUCCUCGUCAUUGUUUGACCCAUUGAACAACAGUAAUCAUCAUACCACUAUCGCAAAGAGAUUCUUUCAAGGUGCUGGUGGAAAUGGCAAUAAUGGACAACCAAAGCAGCAACCUUGGGUCAACCCUGACAAUGUACCACCAGGAGAAGCAUUGGCAAAGUACACAAAAGAUCUGACAGAGAUUGCAAAGCAAGGUAAAGUAGAUCCCGUCAUUGGUAGAGACGAAGAGAUUCGUCGAACUAUUCAAGUACUCAGUCGUAGAACAAAGAAUAAUCCUGUAUUAAUUGGUGAACCUGGUGUUGGAAAGACUGCAAUUGUAGAAGGAUUAGCACAAAGAAUUGUAAAUGGUGAUGUACCAGAUAGCGUAAAGAACAAAAGAGUAUUGACAUUGGAUCUGGCGGCGAUUGUGGCAGGUGCCAAGUUUAGAGGUGACUUUGAAGAGAGAAUGAAGUCUAUUCUAAAGGAUGUAGCUCAUUUCAAAGGAGAGGUGAUUCUCUUUAUCGAUGAGUUGCAUACUUUGGUAGGUGCUGGUGCCGUCGAAGGAGGUAUGGAUGCAUCCAACAUGUUGAAACCACAGUUGGCAAGAGGUGAUUUGCAUUGCGUCGGUGCCACUACCACCUCAGAGUACCGAAAGUACAUUGAAAAGGAUCCAGCAUUGGCCAGAAGAUUCCAAUCGGUUAUGGUUACAGAGCCAAGUGUUGAAGACACAAUAAGUAUCAUGAGAGGUCUCAAAGAGAGAUACGAGGUGCAUCACGGUGUACGUAUCACCGACGGUGCCCUCGUGUCUGCCUGUGUCAACAGCCAGCGUUACAUCACUGACCGUUUCUUGCCCGACAAGGCCAUCGACUUGAUCGAUGAGGCUGCCAGUCGUCUCAGACUUCAACAGGAAAGCAAACCAGAGAACAUUGAGAAUCUCAACCGAACCAUCAUCACCAUGAAGAUUGAAAUCGAAGCUCUCAAAAAGGAAACGGAUAUUGCCAGCAAGGAACGUCUCGCCAAACUCGAAAGUGAACUAGCCACCAAAGAAGAAGAAUGCAAGAAAUUGACAACCGUUUGGAUGAAGGAAAAGGAGGAAUUGGAAAAACGUAAAAUGGCCAAUGAAAAGUUGGAAAAUGCCAAGAUUGAGUUACAACAGGCUCAAAGAAGAGGUGACUUGACUAGAGCUGGUGAGCUUGCCUAUGGAAUCAUUCCAAAUCUCGAGAAACAAGUACCCAAGGAUGGCGAUGGACAGGAUCUCAACCUUUCCAUGAUUUCAGAGGCUGUCACUGCCAAAGAUGUCGCACUCGUCAUCUCCAAGGCCACAGGUAUUCCAGUACACUCUCUUAUGAUGGGUGAAAAGGACAAGUUAUUAAACAUGGAAAAACAACUUGCAACCCAAGUUAUUGGUCAACCAGAGGCUAUCACUGCCGUAUCAAAUGCCGUUAGAAUCAGUCGUGCCGGUCUUCAUUCUCAUAAUAGACCAAUUGGUUCUUUCUUAUUUUUAGGUCCAACUGGUGUUGGUAAAACACAAUUAUGUAGAACAUUGGCAGAAUUUAUGUUUGAUAGUCCAAAUGCAUUGAUUAGAAUAGAUAUGUCUGAAUAUAUGGAGAAAUUCUCUGUUAGUAGAUUGAUUGGAGCACCACCAGGUUAUGUUGGUUUUGAAGAGGGUGGUACUUUGACAGAGGCUGUUAGAAGACGUCCAUACUCUUUGGUACUUUUUGAUGAGUUUGAAAAGGCUCAUCGUGAAGUAUCGAAUCUAUUGCUCCAAAUGUUGGACGAUGGCCAUUUGACCGACUCUCAAGGCAGAAAGAUUGACUUUAGAAACACAAUGAUCAUUUUGACAAGCAAUCUUGGUGCCGACGUUCUUGCCAAUCUUCCAGAUGGAACUCCAAGCUCAACAGCACGUGAAAGCGUCAUGCAAGUGGUUCGUUCUGAAUUCCCACCAGAAUUUUUGAAUAGAAUCGACGAUAUGAUCCUUUUCAAUCGUCUCUCUCGUUCCGACAUGGAUCAUAUUGUCGACAUUCAAUUGAACGAUCUUCGUAAACUCUUGAGUGAUCGUCAAAUCACAUUGGUCGUUCGUCCAACUGCUUUGGAUUGGUUGGCCGACCAAGGUUACGAUCCCGUCUAUGGUGCUCGUCCAUUAAAGCGUGUCAUCCAAAAACAUCUCCUCAAUCCAAUGGCUAAAUUAAUUCUUGAAGGUAAAAUCACUGAAAGACAUAAUGUAACUAUUGAUGUUAACAAGGAUGUAAAUGAAUUAUCAAUUAAACAAGAUGAUUAA